UAGCGUAGAUGGCGCCAGCGUAGCUAGUUCUUUUGUGUUUGGCGGCCAUUGCUCUGUCAUGUAUUGUUUACAAAUUUAAGAACUGUUUAUUCGCUCUAUACUGACUUGAAGACGCCCUGCAAUUGUGAUAACUUUUAGAUUAUUAUCGAAUCGUUAUGUAUUCAAAGUAUCGGAUCAAGGAACUAAAAGAUGAGCUCCGAAAACGUGGUGCUUCCUUACGCGGAAAGAAAGCAGAUCUUGUUGAAAGGUUGGAGUUUUAUGACCAAAACUUUAAUUUUGGCCGUUCUGAAAAUACUGAUAAAGAUGAUCCAAAGAUGCAGUUGCCGUUAGGAGAAACCUAUCGGGAUAUUAACAGUAACACAAUAUUGCCACCCCUAGAUAAGACCAUGAUAAGACAUUAUUUAUGCUACACACAGAAAAAAAUAGAUACAGCAAUGCAGUUAUAUGAGACACGUCACUUGCUGAUGGCACGAGCUUCUGUGGUUGGUGACAAUACCUUCAUAAAAGGCUACUGUAGGAAGACUAUGAAGAGUCUACAGUAUGAAGUAGAUAUAUUAAUAAAUAAGAAUGGUAACCCUGAAGCAUCACAAUGUGAAUGCCCUGCUGGAAGUGGAACAAAUGCAUUGUGCAAACAUGUUGCAGUCCUUUUAUUUGGCAUUGAGAACAUGGUACGAGAAAAGCUUCUGCUUCUGCAAGAAGUAUGCACUCAAAAACUGCAACAGUUUCAUGUACCUAGCAAGCCCUACACUGGUAGUCCUGUUAAAGCCGAGAAAUUUUACAGGAGAAAAAGAAAUAUAAUUUUUGAACCAUACUCUCUCAAAAAUAUAGAUAGAGUAAAUUAUAAUACAAGAUUCUCUAAUUUGAUUCUUGGUUUUUGGAAUUCCCGGAUGCCUUUGAAACAAUUAUAUGAGCCAGCUAACCCAUAUGCUCUAAUAAAUGAUCACACAUAUACAAAUAUGAAUCCCGAGGAGCAAUUUUUAAAAGAAAUGAAAUUGAAUAAAAUUACAAAUGAAGAGGCAGACCUCAUUCAAAAUAAUACAAUUGGCCAAAGUGAAUGUCCUGAUUGGCAUAAAUAUAGACAAGUGCGACUAACAGCCAGUAAUUUCCACACAAUUUGCAAUUUAAAGCCAAAAACUAUGGCAAAAUAUGCCAGAAAAGUAAUAAAUAAAAAGGAAUUUAAAUCAAGAGCUACCAGUCAUGGAUUAUUAAAUGAAAAGAUUGCUUUAAGAAAGUAUGCUGUUGAAUAUGAUCUUUUAAUAAAGCCUUGUGGUAUUUUUAUAAGUUUGGAGAGGCCAUAUCUUGCUGCAUCUCCUGAUGGGUUACUGAGCACAGAAACAAUUAUAGAAAUCAAAUGUCCCUAUGCUAGCAGGUAUCAGACAAUAGAUCCUACUUCAACCCCUUAUUUAGAACUUAUCAAUGGGAUAUUAACAUUAAAAAAAACAAGUCCUUACUAUUAUCAAGUCCAAGGACAAUUGUAUUGCUCAGGUAGAUCAUACUGCAAUGUGGUUAUAUAUACUUACAAAGAUUUAAAAGUAGUAUAUGUAGAAAAAGACAACUACUUUAUUAGUAGUAUGCUGGCAAAAUUAGAUUGUUUUUAUAUAACAACUACUUCAAAUGCGCCUUGCUCGAAAAUCAUGUUCACACAUCUGCAACAAUGUGGAUCGCUCAACCAUCUGACGGUCACUCACAGAACCAGCAUAUGCACUUGA